AUGUUAUCUGGCCAGGUCUUACAUUGUUAUCUCCUUUUGCACGGUAGAUUGUCCUCUCACGUAAUAACGGUCGCCGAAGCCAAACGCCUGGCUAUCCUCGGUGCGAUCCCCGAGAAAUGGCAAAUCCGAGAACGCAUCCUCCCAGCUGUCGAGUUGCCCGAUAUCACAGGUAACUACAUUCAGGGAUUCCUUAUCCCCAACGAGAUAGAAAUUAUGAAGGCCGAUGCUGUUCCGAUAACGAAACAGACCGCCUCUGGAAAUUGGAGCGCGGUGGAGGUGACAGAAGCGUUUUGUCACAGGGCGGCGAUUGCUCAUCAACAUGUUAAUUGCUUGCAUGAGGUGUUUUUCGAAGAUGCCAUGCAAGUCGCGAAGGAGCUUGAUGCAUAUCUCAGCGCAACGGGAAAGCCCAUGGGUCCCCUGCAUGGCGGCAUUGAGACUACUAUGGGCUACGUGGGUUGGGUCGGAACUUUCGAAGACAAAAAGGACGACCUUCGCGCUAAAGUGAUUGAAGGCAAGCUCGUACGUGAACUCCGCCGCGCCGGAGCAACAGUCUUCUGCAAAACAAGCGUACCCUUAACUUUGAUGGCGGGAGAGACUGCCAAUAACAUCAUCGGGUAUACGUGGAAUCCCAAAACCCGACGACUCUCCAGUAGGGGAAGCCCCGGCGGAGAGGGAGCUCGGAUUGCGCUUCGAGGGUCGCCUGCCGGUAUACGGGUUCCGGCUGCUUUCAAUGGUAUUUUCGGUCUCCAUCUAUCCGCGGGAAGAAUGCCGUAUGAAGGAGCCGCGAAUUCCAUAGAUGGCCAAAACACGAUCUUGUCCGUGGUCGGGCCUAUGCGGACAAGUAUCGGGUCGCUGAAGCUGCUUUUCAAGGCUAUUCUUUCCCAAGAGCCUUGGUUCCAUGAUCCCCUUGUACUGGUAAUGCCAUGGAGUGAUGAUAUUGAGAUGCAGACACAAAGGCUGAUCAAGGCAUCAGUUAAAGAUCCUUCACUUCUGACAUUUGCUAUUAUGCGCCACGAUAGCGUCGUGCAGCCUCAUUCACCUGAUAAAGCCUACAACAUCGACGGCGGCGAUGGUUUGACCGGUCAAAUUGCUUUAUCGGGUGAAGGAACGAUCCCACAAUGCUUCAUACAAACAGACAAGCACUGGAAGGCCAGGGAUAUAGCUGCAUUAAAUGUGCAGAAACGUCUCUACCAGAAAAUGUAUAUGGAAUACUGGAAUAAAAAUGACCGGCUGACCGGGACUGGGCGCCCUGUUGAUGCUAUCAUUUGUCCAGUGGCACCUCAUGCUGCUGUGAUUCCCAGGAGGUAUCGCCACGUUGGGUACACUAGCUUCGUGAACGUCUUGGACUACACAAGUGCAGUUAUUCCUGUUACGAAUGCCGGCAAGGCGAUGUGUAGGAUUGAUACUCAUAUGAAUUAUCUCAGCGAAACACAUGAACAAGUACAGUCGGAGUAUGAUGCUGAAAUCUAUCACGGUGCCCCAGUGGGGAUUCAGCUCAUUGGAAGACGGUUAGAGGAGGAAAUGAUUCUUACGCUGGCUGAAUUUAUCAGCCGUGAGCUCGAAAAUGUAUUGAAAUAG